AUGAGAUUAAUCAUUAAAAAAGAUAAGAAUCAAGCAGGAGAAUACAUUGCAAAGUAUUUAAAGGAUAGAAUCAAAGGAUUUGUACCAACACCUACUAGACCAUACUUGGUGUUGGGACUACCAACUGGAUCAUCUCCGCUACCAAUCUACAAGCUAUUGGUUGAAUAUCACAAAGCUGGCGAGCUUUCAUUCAAGCAUGUAGCUACCUUUAACAUGGACGAAUACCUUGGUUUGGACAAGAAACAUCCAUUCUCUUAUCACUACUUUAUGCACGAGAAUUUGUUCAAUCACAUUGAUAUCGAUCAUCGCAACGUACAUAUCCUCAAUGGUAUGGCUUCAGAUGCCACGGUUGAAUGUGAAAACUAUGAAAAGACAAUCGAGUCGUAUGGCGGUAUCGACAUCUUUCUCGGUGGUAUGGGUGUCGACGGACACAUUGCCUUUAACGAGCCAGGUUCCUCUCUUGCCUCUCGUACCCGUCUCAAGAGUUUAACUCGUGAAACUAUCCUUGUCAAUAGUCGUUUCUUUGACAAUGUCUCUCAAGUACCAACUCAAGCAUUGACUGUUGGUGUUGGUACAAUCCUUGAUGCUCGUGAAGUCAUCUUAAUUGUUACUGGUCAUUCAAAGGCAAUGGCAUUAUAUAAAACAAUUGAAGAAGGUGUAAGUCAUAUGUGGACAGCAUCAGCAUUACAAAUGCACAAGAGAGCAAUGAUCAUUUGUGAUGAAGAAGCUAUCGAUGAAUUGAAAAUAAAGACAAUUGAUGUAAAGUAUAAUAACAAUAAUUUCAAUGUACUGCACUCCCUAGGAGUCAAAUCACUCCGCGAGACCCCGAAAAGCAAGGUCACCGUUUCAAAAAGUUUCGCUUUUGCACAAGUGCCAUUCGCUGUUUUGAAGGACUGGAGAUCAACUAUAAAAGAGUCGUUUCCACAUCAUCAUUUAAAUCAUCAUCAUUUGAUUAAUCAUAAAUACAAAUAA